CAGAAGGGAACGUAGCAGACGCUUGAGUCACACGAAUACGCGUGGUGAGUGAACUUAAGAUAUUUCUGCAGACGGACCGAGUUUGUUAAGAAGUUUGAUGUUGUACAAAAGGGAGGUUAUUAUCCAGAAGAUUAGAUUGAAGAAUUAUGUUUCUGUAGACAUUUGAAAGUUCAAGAUUGUUUUCGAACAUUAUCACCAUUGUCUUAAAAUACAGGUGAAUGUGGUAAAACCUACUAAUAUUAAUAGCGUUUUGUGUGUGUGUGUGUGUUCAGAGCGUUUUGCUCGCGCCCAGCAGUGGAAGUCUAAUCACCAUGCUCCUCUGGUCCUUACAUCUGUCAGUUUGGUUAUUUCAGCUUGCAGUGUAUCUGGAUUCGUUUCAUUUAGUGAAAUCGUCUGAGCCCCUUCGUUCGUGCGAACCUAUCCGCAUUGACCGUUGCCGUGGUCUGGGUUACAAUGUUACAGGGAUGCCAAACCUGGUAGGAAACGAACUUCAGCAGGAAGCAGAAAUGCAACUCCAAACCUUUUUCCCUCUUAUCCAAUACAACUGUUCAUCUCAAUUGGCCUUCUUCUUGUGCUCCGUAUACGUACCGAUGUGUACGGACAAAGUGCCCCAGCCUAUCGGUCCUUGUCGGCCGCUGUGUGAGAGUGUCAAAUCACGUUGUCUUAAGGUGUUGGAAAACUUCGGGUUCCAUUGGCCGGUGGCUCUCAACUGUUCAAAGUUUCCUCGACAAAACAACCAACACCAUAUGUGUAUGGAUGGUCCUAAGCCUAAGGAAUACGAGCGAAGUGGCUAUUACCACAAAUACGACCGAAGAAGCGAGGUAGUUACGAGGGUAACGUUACCACCCAGACCCUCCAUCCCCACGAAUAGCCAUCAUUUUGGAUUUUGCGAGAAAUACAAACAUUCCCAGUUUUUUUACUUUAUCAACCGAACUCGUCGUUGCGCCCACAGAUGCUCCGCUGACGUUCUUUUCAGCGCCGACAACAAGAAGUUUGCAGAAAACUGGGUGACUGUUUGGGCUAGUGGGUGUUUCGCAUCUACUUUAUUCUCUGUUUUAACCUUCUUGGCCGACACCAACAAAUCCCGAUAUCCCGAGAGAGCCAUACUGUUCUUAAGUGCCAGUUAUAACGUCUACAGUAUCGCAUACUUUAUACGGCUUAUUGCUGGCCGGACAGAAGUAUCCUGUCACGUGGACAGUCAACAUGAGGUUUCUAUUCUCAUCCAGGAAGGGCUGGAUAACAUUAACUGUACCAUCGUUUUCACGUUGUUGUACUUUUCCAGCAUGGCCAGUGCCGUCUGGUGGCUUGUUUUGACUUUUACUUGGUUUCUAGCUGCGGGACUACAGUGGAGCCACGAGGCCAUUAUGCGACGGGGCACGUAUUUUCACAUGGCAGCUUGGGCCUUGCCAUCAUUUCAAACCAUUGCCAUCCUGAUAAUGCGCGUUGUGGAUGCGGACGAAUUAACUGGCACGUGCUACGUGGGUAACCAGAGUGAAAAGACUCUGAUGGGAUUCGUUAUUGUUCCGACUUUGAUCUACCUACUGCUUGGAGUUUUCUUUCUCGUACUCGGUCUAGCCGCCAUGUUUUACUUCAGAAGUCAUCAGGAACCGUCAGUACACAUUUCGAACACGAAUGAAAAACUAGAGGUUCUGACGGUCCGGGUGGGAAUAUUUGCUCUUCUCUUCACUGUACCAGCCACGUGCGUUCUCGCGGCCAAUUUUUACGAAUACGCCUAUCGAAAUCGUUGGAUGUCUUCGGAGUCCACGUCACGACCAAACGUAGAGAUCUUUACUUUAAAGAUUUUCAUGUCUCUUGUUGUAGGCAUCACAACGGGACUGUGGAUCUGGUCAAGCAAGAUGCCCCAGCACAUAUGGAAGAAAGCCUGGAGGCGGUUCAGGACUGGUCAUAAAAAACAGACAUCACCUUGUUAUCAUUUCAUUUCGGCCCAAGAGAAACAGUUGAUUGAGUUUGAAAGACCGAAGAAAACGAAAAGUAAGAAAGAACACGUGACUUCCGUUUGAUUUCCACGAUGAAAAGUGUCAAAUGUCUGGAUAGUGUAAAUACUACGUUUUGAGAAUGUAAAUAAAAUAUAAAAACUAAAAAUUGUGAAAGUUCAAGUUUACAUAAAUGGUGCAAAGUAUAAAAAUAAAAACAAAACAACUCUGAUGCCUGAUAAUUUGUAUGUUGAGAUAGCUGCUAUAAUUGCCAAAUUUUGAUAUAGUUGUAAUGUACAUAGAUAAUGUUCCUAUACAUUUGAACGGAUAAAGUGUAUUCUGAGUUUUAA